UGUUAUUAACGGCAAGAAAAUAUACAUAUUACAUUCGAGAAAAUUUACAAAAACAGUUACAAGAAAAAAGAAAAAUGUUACGUUAAAGAUAAAACAUAAGGUAUGAAAACCGAAAAUUUGGAUGAGGAUGUGUUAUUUAAUCUUCGGAGAGAAGAAGUUUUGCCGGAAUUCCACGAUCCAUUUAUAAUCACUGGAUACCGAAAACCAUAUUUGUCAAUUAUAAACUGUGUUAAAAGCUCAGUAAUGUUUUCUUGCAACGAAUCCUUCAAUAUUUUAUCUCAUUUUGUAUCUUUCGUAUUUUUUAUUUUCUUAUUUGUAUUGUGUUUUAAAUCAGAGUUGGAUAUAAAAGAUGUUGAAACGUGGCCUUUAGCAAGCAACAUGCUUGGAAAUAUUGGAUUUACACUAAUGAGUACCAUAGCGCAUACAUUUAAUUCGAUGUCAGUUGAAACAAGGCACAAAUGUUUUUAUUUGGACUAUGCGGCAAUAUCAAUAUAUGCAUUUUGUUCCGGGCAAGCAAUUUUCUUCUACGCAAGUGCUUUCUUUUCAGACAAUAUUUUUUUAAAUAAUUCAUAUCUCUUUAGUAUUGUUGGCGCACUUAUCUCAAUUACUUCUACUUUAUUAAAUUGUUUUUCGAGAAUGAAAUGGCAAUCAAAAAAGUAUAUAAUAAGAACACUUACAUAUAUUUGUGCAUACAUUUGGAAUUUCCUACCGUACGGCUACCGUCUUCUAACUUGUACCAAUAUAUUAGAUUGCGAUAAAAGUGGUUUAAAAUUAGCUAUAUUAAACUCAACUCUCUUUUUAAUGGCAGGUAUAUUAAACGUUACGAAAAUUCCUGAACGUUUUUAUCCUGGAAAGUUUGAUUGUUGCGGACAAAGUCAUAACCUAAUGCACAUUUUUUUAUCUGUUGGGUCUUACUUACAGCUACAGUUUAUAAGAAAUGAAAUGUCUCGAGGUUUUCAACCAAAGAAAAAUUAUUAUUAUUCCCUACUUGCAACUAUUUUUGUGAUUAAUAUGAAUUUGUUAAUUGCAAUUCUUUUUCCAACAAAAUGCAAGUCAGCAAAUGUGGUUCAGCCAAAGAAAUCAAAAUAAUUAAAAACCUUUUUCAUUUCAUACUCAGUGAUAAACAGU